GGUUAAUGUGUGUUUUUUUAUGAUGAGGAGGUCAUUUCCUGUUUUGCUUUGUCUAGGUCCUUUUAAUUUUAUAAUUAAAAGAAAGUAUGAGAAUUCCAUUAUUAUCUGUAUUGUACAAUGGGAUGUCUUCAAGCACUGUUAGUGAUAAUAGUCGUUUAGCAGACACUGUCUCAGUCAAAGCAACUUUUACAUUUUAGGAACAGCCCCAUUGGCCCAACAAUAAGUGAUUCUUCAGUUCAUAAAUUAACAACCUUUAGAUUACCACCACCUCCACAUACAGAGGAAUGCCUGAAACGUUUUAGAAAUAUGUGACACUCCUCCAUAUUUAAGUAAGUUCAGUGGUCAACGAGUGUGCUGAAUUCCAGCUGAAAGCACACUUUUGAUUUGUUUGCCCUCUUCUCUUCUGUUCUCUCUUUUUUCCCAACCAUCUCUAUUUAUAAUUUAUCUAUAUUGAAUAAAAUAAUUUUGGCUAUAACCUUUCACAAUGUUUAUGUCAGUGAAUCACGUUAUUAUCAUUCACCGUGAUAUGGAAUAUUCAUUGUGUUUCACCACCCAACAUAAAUUCACACAAAACUGACCUUUAACAGGGGACUGACAAACAAGCCUUGCAGGGAAGCACAGGACUCACACCAUUGAUUUUUCCUCAUCUGGAUGGCACAAGCAGGAGGAAAUGUGUUAUUAUGAAGGCUGGAAUUGCGCAGCGCUUGGAUACCUAUUUACUCGUCAAGUGCCUGGGUAAUAAUUGAUAGAUUUCCUGAGAGGACAAAAAACGGGCCCAGAUGGGGCCAGGUGGGUUAUACCACAGUUGCAAACAGCUCGGAGUGAGUCAUCUACAGUGGACAGCAGCUGCUCCAGGCGCAGGGCUGCACACAUGGGAUAGAUUUAGUAAACUUCCAUAUCCCGGUGACAAAGCCUUCCUCUAUGACACGUUCCCUGACAAGUUCAUGUGGGCUGUUGGCACCGCUGCUUAUUCGGUUGAAGGAGCCUGGGAGAAAGACGGGAAGGGUAAGUCUAUCUGGGAUACUUUCACUCGUGGUGGGACCCGGGUAUCCAGAGGCGAUGUGGGCAGUGACAGUUAUCACAACAUCCCGGGAGACCUCCGAGCCCUGCAGCAACUUGGAGUCAGUCACUACCGCUUUUCUCUGUCCUGGCCACGCAUCUUCUCCAAUGGCACCAAAGAAAGCUACAACGAAAAAGGUGUGGAGUAUUAUAAAAGUCUAAUUCGAGGAUUGAAGGAAAUAAAAGUGCAGCCCAUUGUGACUUUAUAUCAUUGGGACCUGCCAGACAAUUUGCAGACCUUAUUUGGAGGCUGGAGCAAUUCGGUUAUGGUGGAACUAUUCAGAGAAUAUGCAGAUUUUUGUUUUAAAACAUUUGGAUCGGAUGUGAAAUUUUGGAUUACCAUUGAUAAUCCUUUUGUUGUGGCCUGGCAUGGAUAUGGAACUGGGGUUGUGGCACCUGGUAUCAAAAAUGACUCUGACUUGCCUUUCAGAGUUGGACAUAAUCUUCUAAAGGCUCAUGCAGCAGCCUGGCACUUGUAUGAUGACCGGUAUCGUUCCAGUCAGGGUGGGCGAGUGUCCAUGGCUCUGGCCUCCCACUGGAUCAAACCUAGCAGAACCAGGCAGGAGAACAGGAAAGCCUGCAAGUGUUCUCUGGACUUUGUGCUCGGCUGGUUCGCCCGACCAUUGUUUGUGGAUGGAGACUAUCCACCCUGCAUGAAACUAAAUUUGACCCACAGACUGCCGUCCUUCACGGAGGCCGAGAGCUUGUACGUUAAUGGAACGGCAGACUUCUUUGCCCUGUCUCACGGACCUGCUCUUAGUUUUCAGCUGAUCAAUGACAGUCUGCGCUUUGGCCAGACAGAAGACCUGGGUCUGAGGAUGCUGCUGUACUGGGUCGGUGCCGAGUACAACAAUCCUCCCAUCUUUGUGGUGGAGAGCGGCUGGUAUGGAAGUGGCAACACGAAAACAAAGGAUGCUAAGCAUAUGUACUAUCUGAAGCGCUUUAUUAUGGAGACUUUAAAAGCAAUCCGCUUUGACAGAGUAAAUGUGAUUGGUUACACAGCCUGGUCUCUGCUGGACGGGUAUGAGUGGUACCGUGAAUAUGGAAUACGACGAGGGUUAUUCUUUGUGGAUUUCAACACUCCUGAUCUGAAAAGAGAGCCAAAGACCUCUGCCACUUUCUAUAGCAAACUCAUAGAAAAGAAUGGCUUCCCUGAGCUGCCUGAGAACCGGCCUGCACAGGGCGUCUUUCCCUGUGACUUUGCCUGGGGAAUUGCAGCCAACUCAAUACAGGUUGAUACUAUACCUAACCAGUUUGCCGACCCUAGUGUUUACAUCUGGAACGUUUCUGGUAAUGGAGAGCUGAAAAAGGUCCCGGGUGUGCUGGUGCCCCCUAUGCACAGGAAAUACAACUGUGCCAAUUACGGCAGCAUCCUCCAGCAGGUGUCUGACGUGAACCGUAUGCAAGUCUCACACUUCCACUUCUCCCUCAACUGGUCCUCCAUCACCCCAACAGGCCGGGUGUCAGAUGCUAACGAAACACUUCUAAAAUACUACCAUUGCUUUGUCAGUGAGCUACAAAAGGUUAACAUAACCCCUGUUGUGACCCUUUGGCACCACACAGGGAAACUGUCCAGUCUGCCAGCACCCAUGGAGGCUGGUGGGGGCUGGCAGAGCGAGGAGACAGUUCAGGCCUUUGCAGACUACGCCAGAUUGUGUUUCCAACGACUAGGAGCUCAUGUGAAGCUGUGGAUCACGCUGAAUGAACCUAACGAUGAGGACCUUGAAUACACUGUGGGCCACCAGCUGCUCCGUGCACAUGCAUUAGCUUGGCACAUCUACGACACCGAAUUUCGCAGAGCCCAAGGUGGUAAGGCAUCACUGGUCCUUCAUAUGGACUGGGUCGAACCUGCGUUUUCUUUCAACAGAGAGGACGUUGAGCCUGCAAACCGAGUCCUGGACUUUCGAGUCGGCUGGUUUGCAGAGCCCAUCUUUGGUAGUGGUGAUUACCCAGGGGUGAUGCGUACUUGGCUCCAACAGCGAAACAAUAUUGAUCUCUUCAGCUACCACCUACCCGCAUUCAGCGAUGAAGAUCGGCUGUUGGUUAAAGGAACCUAUGAUUUCUUCGCCAUCAGCCAUUUUACUACCUCGAUGGUGUAUGAUGGAGUGGAGGACAAAUACACCUUCAAAGACAAGUUGCAGGUACAGCUGAUUUCUGACGUGACCUGGAUCAUGUCUCCAAGACGCAACUCUCCUGUGGUCCCCUGGGGUCUUCGCAAGGCACUGAACUGGGUUAACUCUCGAUACAAAGGGGUUCCUAUUUACGUGAUGGCCAAUGGUGUUCAAGAGGACACUGCUAGGUUUAAGGAUAGCUUGCGUGUCUACUACUUUUACAACUACAUUAACGAGGCCUUAAAAGCAUAUACACUGGAUGGAGUCAAUCUGAAGGGAUAUUUUGCAUAUGCGUUCAGCGACCAGCGGGACCCAGGCUUUGGCAUGUAUGGUUAUGUACAGGAGGAGGUCAUUUCAAAAUCUUCACUGGCCCAAUAUAAAAACAUUAUCCACCACAAAGGCUUCCCUGCCCCAGGCACACCUCAGCAACAUUGUCCCCAUGCUCCAGUGCACGGCUCUCGACGUUAUGUCCUCACCAAGCAGCCUGUUGUUGGCUUUCUCUCUCUGGUGAGCUCUUGCAUGCUGAUCACAGUGUGCCUUGUUAUCUACUAUGCAGUCAAAAGGCACAAAAUAGCCACCAAAAAAUGAAAGAAAAUGGUUCCAGUGGACUCUAACACUUUUAAUUUAUUUGUUUUACUGGUUAGUUUGACAACCUACAAACUAUGCUUUUAACUCUUUCUUAAAUUGUAGCACUUAAUGGGUACUACACAAGCCAGGAAUGCCUGGAUAAUUAUUUAAUUGCAGCUUUACCAUGUAAAACCCCUAUUUAUUUGUAAGAGAAAAAGUAUAUUGCAUUAUUUGGGCAAGUUUGCACAACGGGUUGGUUUUUGCACAUUGUAAAAUAAAAGUUAUGGGGGAAAAAUAACUUAUUCUGUUCUGGCUUUUGAAGACCUUACUAUGGUUAAGUAAAAGAUGUUACAGAGGUCAUAUAU